AGAAAUCAUUACUAAAAGCACUUUACACCAAACUGAGCCCAGCUCCCUGAGUGUACUCUGGAACAAACAAAAUACACAAGCAGAUACAAACUGAACAUAAAAAGUAAGACAGCCACAGGAUUUGCCAGUUUCUGAGAGCCUGGAGAAAUGAGAUAUCAACCCAAGCAUCAAUCACAGCAAUACAAAGCUAUGUGACUUGGAAGACUUCAGCUUCAUCCUCUCCAAGAGCUGCACCAGAUUCUCUGCACCUUCUGGCUCAUUCUACAGAGCCAAAACCUCUGGACCUCAACAAGGAGGAACAAGAGACUGGAGGAAGAAGCAAAGAGUAUAUUGCAUUCAACAGGUAAAAUACUAAAAGCUGGGAACUCUAAGGGAAGGGAUGAAGGAGGUAAUGCAACAGCCUAUGAAAGCAUGUGUUGGUUGACAGGCAGUAGAGUUGGUUGACUAGCAGUAGGAGGUCAUUCCAUUGCAGAAAGAUGGGAAAUGUGAGCAUGAUGGUGAUAGCUGGAGUUGCUGUGAAAUUACAGAGUGGUUUGUAAGUGAGACACAUUUAUUAUUCAGGCUGUUAGUAUCUCAAGAGCAGGAUAGACUAUUUUAGUGGCUGCCUAAGUAGGUACAAGACCCAUCCGGUAAAUACAAAUGCCCCCUGCUCUUAACCCUUUAAAAGGCUGCCAGUUAUAUUCACCAGCUUUAUAUGCCUCCCAAGCACUCCAGUUUGUUUGACCAUCAUGUCUUCUAUUCCACCAGUGAUAUAGCAGCCCUGUGCUGUUAACCUUUAUCUUACAGUCAUAAUAAAUGCAUACAGUAACAGCUCACUAGCCAUGGCCAGGGAUAAGCUGCUGCUAAUUUUAUAAGCUGAAUUCAUGCAUUUGAAUUAAUUUAAUUCACUGGUAUCAGUCAGUCAAUUCCUCAGUAUGUUUACAGUUGAGGCUGCAUUACUGAGUCAGUAAUAUAAACUUUGGGCCAUUUGUACAUUUGGCUUUCAUAUUUCUUUGCUUGGAAUGUUUCUUCAGCCCCCAGAGCUGCUCUUCUAGUUGCUCACUUGUUUUCCUGUCAGUGCUGGUCAAAGAUUUUGGCUUUGCCAGCUGGAUAAAGAAGUAAUUUGUAGUCAUCCAGUAUUUUAUUUUAAGCUAUGAUGGAUUUUAAGAAAAUUUGAAGAACAGCUAUUCAGUUUCCAGGGGAAAGACAUAGCUGGAUUUUCUGUGUGAGACUUCUUACUGAAGGGAGGUGUUUGGGGCAACUAUUGGAAAGCAUGCCAGAUAAGUUUCUUGCCUUUUCUGGGAAGAAGAACUUGCCUGAGUUCAGAACCUCUGAAAUGCCUUCUCUGCAGAUAUUGAGGAAAGAAAGAAAAAAGAAGGCUGUACUUACCAUGCUUAAAGGUCCUGAAUAAAGGGCUUCGCAGUCUUUCAGCUGCUUAUGGUGGCAGACUGCAAAAUAUUUUUUAGUAUUUUAACUUGUCUAUGUCUGAAAAUAUGCAAAGGCCACAGCAGAGACUGGCAGAGCGCCCGAGAGAAUGGAGUUAGUCAGAUUCCAGCACCAAUUGCCUGGGUGAUGUUGCCAAGUUUUAUGUUCCAAGUUUUCUCUGAGCCUGUUUCAAAUCCUGAUUAUUCUUCUCUGACCCACAGAUGCACAAUCUGCCUAGCAGGAGGAAGAGAAGGAGUCCAGUGACAGACAAGCAGCCUCCUAGGACAUGCAAGCCUAUCACAGGCUAUCUAUAGAGGACCCAAAUACAGCAUAUAGUGAUUUGGGGUAUUACAUUAUUAAUAAGCUGCACCAUGUGGAUGAAUCAGUGGGAAGUAAAACUCGGAGGGCCUUCCUUUAUCUUGCUGCCUUCCCUUUUAUGGAUGCCAUGGCAUGGACCCAUGCUGGGAUUCUGCUGAAACACAAGUACAGUUUCCUAGUGGGAUGUGCCUCCAUCUCAGAUGUCAUAGCUCAGGUUGUUUUUGUAGCCAUUUUGCUUCACAGUCACUUGGAGUGCAGGGAGCCUCUCUUGAUCCCCAUCUUGUCCUUAUACAUGGGAGCACUUGUCCGAUGUACCACGUUAUGCCUCGGAUACUACAGGAACAUACAUAAUGUCAUUCCUGACAGAAGUGGGCCUGAAAUGGGGGGAGAGGCUACAAUAAGGAAGAUGCUGAGUUUCUGGUGGCCUUUGGCAUUAAUUUUGGCAACUCAGCGAAUAAGUAGGCCCAUUGUCAACCUUUUUGUUUCCCGGGACCUAGGCGGCAGUUCUGCAGCCACAGAGGCGGUGGCAAUCCUAACAGCUACGUAUCCUGUGGGACACAUGCCUUAUGGCUGGCUGACAGAGAUCAGAGCAGUAUACCCUGCUUUUGACAAGAAUAACCCCAGCAAUAAAUUGGUGAACACCAACAGUACUGUCACAGCAACACAUAUCAAGAAGUUCACUUUUGUUUGCAUGGCAUUGUCCUUAACGCUCUGUUUUGUGAUGUUUUGGACACCAAACGUGUCAGAGAAGAUUUUAGUUGACAUAAUCGGAGUCGACUUCGCUUUUGCAGAGCUGUGUGUUGUUCCUUUGCGCAUCUUCUCCUUCUUUCCAAUUCCAGUGACUGUCAGAGCACACUUGACGGGUUGGCUGAUGACUCUGAAGAAGACAUUUGUGCUGGCACCCAGCUCAGUGCUGCGGAUUAUCGUCCUCAUCACUAGUCUCAUUGUGCUGCCUUACUUGGGAGUUCAUGGAGCCACUCUUGGAGUAGGAUCCCUUCUAGCUGGUUUUGUAGGAGAAUCGACCAUGGUUGCAAUAGCAGCCUGUUAUGUCUAUCGGAAACAGAAAAAGAAGCGGAAUGAGAAUGAAACAGCUACAGAAGGUGAAGACUCUGCAAUGACCGACAUGCCUCACACAGAGGAAAUGACAGACAUCGUAGAAAUGAGAGAAGAGAAUGAAUAAUAAAUGGGAUGCAAUUGUUCUCUGCAGGGACGAUUGGAGUGACACUUCAGCAUCUUGUCGUCUCUCAUACUUUUUGUUUGUUUGUUUUUAUUUUUGUAAUAAAGAGGCCUUGAUUUAAAA